UAUUGUACAACCAUCAUCACUAUCUAAUUUUAUAACAUUUUCAUUACCCCCACAAAGCAGUUACUCCCCACUCCCUCCUUCCAGCCCCUAUAACCACAAAUCUACCUUUUUUCUCUAUGGAAAGAGACAGAGAUGACUAUUCUGGACACUUCAUAUAGAUGAAAUUAUUCAUUUGUAUGUGGCCUUUUGUGACUAUCUCAACUCUUACCCCCUCCCCCAUUCUAUUCCACCCGUCACAGUUACCAGAUUGAUUUCCCCACCCCGCCCCCCAGAGAUGGAGUCUUGCUCUGUCACCCAGGCUGGAGUGCAGUGGCACAAUCUCGGCUCACGGUAACCUCUGCCUCAACCGCCUGAGUAGCUGGGAUUACAGGAAUGUGCCACCACACCUGGAUAAUUUUUGUAUUUUUAGUAGAGAUGGGGUUUUGCCAUGUCUAAUCUCAAACUCCUGGCCUCAGGUGCUCUGAGCACCUUGGCCUCCCAAAGUGCUGGGAUUACAGGCAUGAGCCACCACACAUGGCUGAGACUGAUCUUUAUAAAACACAGCUCAGGCUUACACCUGUAAUCCCUGCACUUUGGGAAGCCAAAAUGAGUGGACUGUUUUAGUCCAAGAGUUUGAGACCAGCCUGGGCCAGACAGUGAAACCCUGUUACUACAAAACAUAGAAAAGUUAGCCAGGUGUGGUGGCUUGCACCUGUAGUCACAGUUACUCAGGAGUUUGAGGUGGGAGGAUUGCUUGAGCCCAGGAGGUCGAGGCUGCAGUGAGCCAUAAUGGCACCACUGUACUCCAGCCUGGGUAACAGAGUGAUACCUUGUCUCAAAAAACAAAAAACACCAACCCCCUGCUUCCCCAACUUAUGUCACUCUCUGGCUUAAAAUCCUUUAAUAGCUCCUGGAAGAUUUCAGGAUAGAGUUCAUGUACAUAAUGGCCCUUCCCAAGCUGCUUCCUGUCUAUCACCCCAACCAAUCCAACCACUAUUCUUCCUUUAUUCCAUUCAAACAUUCUGUUUCCCAGAUAUAUCCUCCCAUGUCACACCUCCACAGCUUUCCCAUGUGUUUGUCUCUGCUCAGUGCAUGCUUCUCUGUCUUCCUUUUCCACAUACUUGGCCCUCACCUCUUUAACUCUGCUCAGACCCUCACUGGUGACUCAGAUGCAUGGUGCCUGGUGUUGCCAUAGCACCCAUCUAGCAAACCCAUUAUUCCACUGUUUUAUCUUCUCCCAUGAGACCAUUAGCUACUAGCUGAGGGCACAGACCAUGUUUCACUUAACUCUUCAGCAUUUAACAGUGUGUUGCAUGAAGGAGUCACUUCAAUACCUGUUCUGUUGAGUGUCGUAAUGAUCUUGGAAUCAGCAUUUGUUUAUACUCACUGUUUGGUAGAAAGUCCCGCCAUCUUUCCCCCAGGUUUCUUGCCCCCACCCUCCCCCCAGGCUUCCUGCUGCCCUGAGAAAAGCCCGCCAAGCCUGCUCUGUUCUGCCCAGCAACAACAAGCAGCCAAUCAUCGCAGCAGGAAAGCCCGCCAAGCCUCGGCCUAUCCUGAACCGACACGUAACCCUCUGAGCCACCUCAGCAGUCUGCCCAGAGACGGACAGCCUAUCCUAAGCUCCUACGAUACUCCGCCAGCCCUGUGUCCAUGCCCCAUCCACCCCCCCUAUAAAACCCUCCUACCCCAGCUGCGCAGUCACAGCCAGCCCCGAUCUCCUUCCUUUUCUGGCCUGCCCGCUGGUCCCAAUAAACCUGAACUCGGCUUCCAACUCUCGAGCUGUUAUUUGGGGUCGGGUACCGGGCAGGGGUCUAUAAGGGGGUCGCACAUAUGGUGCCGAAACCCGGGAUGGAGGGUCGCUAGCCCCCCUAGCGACCCCCUCCCUCCAGCGACCUCCCCAGCCCUCCUCCAAUUCGGCCUCAGCACUCCGGACCAGGUAAGUCCUGUUUCUUACCUUCUCCUUCCGUGGUGCGUGUGGCAAAGGCCCUUCCUCUCAGUCCCAAUCCACGGAUCCCUCGCCAAGCGCCGGCCGGCCCGAGCAGGAUCCCCCAACCAGGCUCCAGGAGCCUUGGGUCGGCAGACAAGGGACGCCUUCUCUGACCCACCCAAUCCAAAACCAUUAAAUAGGAAUGAUCAGACGGGACACCUUCUCUGGUCUUUCCUAUCCACCUUCCUCUGGGGAGGCUGGUGGGUUGGAGGGACGCCUCCCCCCACACUACCCCAGCCCACUCGGAUACUGUUCCGAGCUCGGAUACUGUUCCGAGACCGCCCUCGGCUGGCAGGAACCCUUUGCUGCACGCAUCAUGGGGAACGUGGAGUCCAAAAUUCCUAAAAACGCCCCCCUAGGUUGUUUACUUCUCGACUUUACCCGCUUGGGCUACUCCCAAAACCCUUAGGCGGAAAAAGCUUGUCUUCCUCUCCCAGGUGGCCUGGCCCCAGUAUCAGCUCGAUAACAGGUCGCAUUGGCCUCCCACCGGCACUUUCGAUUUCAAUGUGCUCCACGACCUAGAUAACUUCUGCCGCCGAACUGGCAAAGAUAAGGAAGUGCCUUAUGUUCAGGCUUUUUGGGACCUGUGUUCCCAUCCUGACCUCUGCUCUUCUUGCUCUACUCACCAAGUUCUUUUAGCCCGAACUCCCCCACCGCAGACUCCUACCUCCCCAACCAAGCCACCUCCCUAUACUCUACAGGAAGAGAUGCCUGACCACAUGUCUUCCCCCCUUUGUUCCCACUCCGGAAGUCCACUACCUCUCUCCCUCCCUACUCCUCACCGGAGGAUCUGCCUGAACAUCUAUCCUCUCCUGCCAAUCUCAGCAAUCAGUUGCCAUCAACGGCACGCUCUUCCUCUGCUCCCUCUGCACCUCCUACCUUGGAGGCCAUGCCUCGCUCUUCCUCUACUCCCUCCGAGCCCCCUCCCUCAGAGGCUGCACUUCCUCUUGCCUCUCCGGUGGCGGCCCACACCCGCUCUCACCAGCCAGCUAUCCUGGCCCCACUGCGAGAAGUAGCAGGCGCAGAAGGUUUAAUCAGGGUCCAUGUUCCUUUCUCACUUCAAGACCUGUCCCAAAUUGAGAGACGUUUAGGAUCCUUCUCAGCCGACCCAUCCACCUAUAUUAAGGAAUUCCAAUACCUCACUUAAGCAUAAGAAGCCCUAGUCCGGUAUACUCGACUAGAUCCAGCCUCCCAAAACGGGGCCACUGUAUUAGCCUCCCAUUUUAUCUCCCAAUCAGCACCCGACAUAAGAAAGAAACUAAAGAAAGCAGAAGAGGGGCCAGAGACUCCCAUCCAAGACCUGGUAAAAAAUGGCCUUUAAAGUAUUCAAUGCCAGGGAAGAUGCGGCUGAGGCUGCCCGCCAAACUCGCAUGAAGCAGAAGGCUGCCCUCCAGACCCAAGCCCUAGUGGUGGCUCUAAGGCCGGCAGGGAACCAGAAGCCCAAGGCCGAAACCCAUGCCCCUCCGGGAGCAUGUUUCAAAUGUGGAAAGGAAGGACACUGGUCCCGAGCCUGUCCACAACCACGGCCACCAACUAAGCCUUGCCCUAUCUGUCAGCUCCCGGGACACUAGAAGUCAGACUGCCCCAGCUUCCCCAGGGUGCCGGUUCCUCAAAACAGACACACUGGCGUUACGCAGCCGGCAGUCACCCUCAGUAGGGAGAAGCCUGCUUGCCAGGAGCCGACCUCCAAGGGAGCUCCGUUCCCCAGUCUACUAGGGCUGCUAGACGACUAGCGGGGCCCUGGCUUUCCGACUCCGGUUACCCUCGCCGAGCCUAGGGUCACAAGACAUGGGGGCUACCUACUCCGCACUUCCUUCUUAUUCUGGCCGUCUCACCCCUUCCCAGGUCUCGGUCAUGGGAAUCGACGGGACCCCGAGUAUCCCCUACCAAACCCCACCACUCAUGUGCUCAUAUAACUCUACUCCAUUUACCCACUCUUUUUAGUAAUCCCCACCUGCCCAGUUCCCCUUCUGGGGCGAGACAUCCUUUCAAAGCUGAAGGCCGUCAUAACCUUCCCCACUGCCAGCCCAUACAGCCUCUUUCUCCUAGCCCUCAAUACUCUGCCUCAGAACUCCAGACCCUCCAGUCUACCCCCGGGGUACGGUUCAGGGAUGACUUGGCCUUCAAGCAUAACCUCCUCAUCCUCCCCGAAAAGCAAAGGUACCAGAUAAUCCAAGACAUCCAUAAUUCACUCCACAUUGGGCCUAAAGCCUUAUACCGGUUCCUCAACCCACUUUUUCACCCUCACCAUCUCCUCAGUACCAUACAGGAAGUCCAGUCCUCCUGUACUGUCUGCGCAAAAACUAAUUCCCAGGGUUCCUGUCAUCCUUGGCGCCAGCUUUAUCAGCUACGUGGGUUCCUACCUGGCCAAGGCUGGCAAAUUGAUUUCACCCAUAUGCCAAAGCAUAAACAGUACCGGUAUCUGCUAACCAUUGUUGACACUUUUUCAGGCUGGAUUGAAGCUUACCCCAUAGCCUCUGAGUCUGCCGGGACAGUAGCCACUCAUCUCAUUCAAGACAUCAUCCCACGCUUUGGACUCCUGGCUACCAUACAGUCAGACAAUGGCCCAGCCUUUAUCUCCAAAGUCAUAAUGCCGUUUCUACCUCUCUAGGAAUUCAGUGGAAGCUACAUGCUGCCUACCAUCCUCAGUCCUCUGGUAAGGUGGAACGGGCCAAUGGCCUAAUAAAGGAGCAUCUGACCAAGCUCUUGCUUGAGCUCCGCCAAUCCUGGGUAACCUUGCUUCCUAUCGCCCUCACCAGGUUGAGAGCAAGCCCCCGGGGCCCAUCACAGCUUAGCCCAUUUGAGCUGCUGUACGGUUGCCCCUUCCUACUUUCAACUCCCCCACCACCAGAGACCACUCCUCUAGACAGCUACCUCCCCUACUUUACUCUCCUUCGCAGCCUUCUCCGAGAACACGCCAAUGCUUCUCUUCCCCAACCCACCCAGCCAUCUGAAAAUACACAGAAAGUCUCCCCCGGGGACUCAGUUCUUAUCAGGUCCCUCUCCCCAAAGCCCCUCGCCCCCAAGUGGGAAGGACCAUACACAGUCCUCCUUACCACUCCAUCAGCUAUAAGAGUUGCUGAAAUCCCAUGUUGGGUCCACCUGUCUCGGGUAAAAAAGGCCCCUCAUGGACCCUCCUUAUGCUGGAAGGCUGUUCCUACUGGCCCUUUAUCUGUCAAACUUACCAGGGCCUAGCAGCCACACCCCCUACAGAUGGAGAUUCUUCCUAACUGAAAACUAUACCAAAACCACCUUCAUCUGUAAUACCCCCCCAUACAGCCACAACCAUCUUCUUGCAACUUCCGACUGCCCCGCAGCCGGAUGCCAAAGGGCCAUAUAUCUGAACUUCACCAAAUUCCAUAACAUCCAUACUGAUAUACCUCUCAUGUGCUUCAACUAUGACCAACCAUCAGGAGCAUGCAAUAAUACUCCUUGGCGCUCCUGCAUGGGAUGUACUUGGAUGAACUGUCAACUACAUAUAGCCGUCAAGUCCACAGUACCUGCCCGAUCUCAGCUCAAAAUCAUCCCAGACAUAGAUGGAGAAGGAAACACCAUUAUCGGUUCUACACGGUAUUCCAUUCUCAUCCCUGACCCCUGGGACAACCGGUGGAAAAGCCCCCAGAAAGCUGCCGUGUAUGACCACAUAGAUACCCAAUAUCCCUCUUCCCACCUGUACAUCUGGCGGGCAUACGUACGUACAGUCCACCAAGUCCACUCUGAUAUUAGCCUACAAGAAAAAUCUCUGAAUGACCAAUUACAACCACAUUCGUCUCUGUUUUCCUGGUUAACUUUUCUCCAAGAAGGAAUCAAGUUAGCUAACCUCUCAGGACUAACUGACCUAACCUCAUGCCUCAUGUGUGCCUUCUUAGGACAGACUCCCUUCAUUGCAGUCACUUACCCCAUCCCUCUCAACCUUUCAGCCUCAACUUCUUCCUUCUCCCCCGUCAGGGAAGUCGAUCUCUACACUCCACCUGAUUUUGAACAGCUACCUGUGUGCUAUUCCCUAGGCCGAAACUUCCCUAGCUGUAACAGAACUAUACGGGUAACCACUAAUAUAACAGCCCCACGAGGAACAUUUUUUGGUGUAACAGGACCUUAACAAAAACUCUCUACAUUGGCCUUUCCUCAUCUCUUUUAUGCCUCCCAGUAACCCUAGUCCCUCGACUCACUAUAUGUUCUUCAGCUGAAUUCCAGAUGCUGCAAGCUCCCCAUCACCGCACCCGACGAGCUGCCUUCCUACCCAUUGCCAUUGGAGUCUCCCCUGCUGGUUCAGCACUUGCAGCAGGAUUAGGAGGAGGGGCACUAGUCCACUCUCACCUGGCCAUAGCCCGACUGACCUCACAACUCCAAGCAGCUAUUGAUGACUCUACUGAGUCUGUAGCAUCACUCCAAUGACAGAUCACCUCAGUUGCCCAAGUUGCCUUGCAGAACCGAAGAGCCCUAGACCUGCUCACUGCUGAACGAGGAGGGACCUGUAUCUUCCUACAAGAAGAAUGCUGUUACUACAUCAAUGAAUCCAGCCUAGUAGAAACCCGAAUCGAGAGCCUCCAGAAACUCAAAACUAGCCUGCAGAGUCAGAAGUUCUCGGCUGAAGCCACAGCGUGUUCAUACAGCGGCGCUUUCAAGAACUGACUCGAGUCACCAUCCACCAGAUGCUGCUCCAACCCCACCCUGAACGAGUGCAAGAAACAGACCUCUCCCUGAACAUCCAGGCUCCUUAAGAAAAGAGACCUCUUCAGAACCCCCCGUCGACCCUUGUCAGCAGGAAGUAGCCAGAUCGAUUCCGCCGCGCUUUUUCCUUUUUAAGGAGUUGGGAAUGUUUGGUAGAAAGUCCCGCCAUCUUUCCCCCAGGUUUCUUGCCCCCACCCUCCCCCCAGGCUUCCUGCUGCCCUGAGAAAAGCCCGCCAAGCCUGCUCUGUUCUGCCCAGCAACAACAAGCAGCCAAUCAUCGCAGCAGGAAAGCCCGCCAAGCCUCGGCCUAUCCUGAACCGACACGUAACCCUCUGAGCCACCUCAGCAGUCUGCCCAGAGACGGACAGCCUAUCCUAAGCUCCUACAACACUCUGCCAGCCCUGUGUCCACGCCCCGUCCACCCCCCCUAUAAAACCCUCCUACCCCAGCUGCGCAGUCGCAGCCAGCCCCGAUCUCCUUCCUUUCCUGGCCUGCCCGCUGGUCCCAAUAAACCUGAACUUGGCUUCCAACUCUCGAGCUGUUAUUU